UGUGCGACGCCGCUCGUCGGCGCUGCCGUCCCGCAUGCAAGCCCGCCCGCCGCGGCUCCGAGGGCGCGGGGCUCUCGCGCGCGGCCGGGCGCGCGCGGCUGCUCCCCGCUCCUUCCGGGUGGCGCUGCGGGCCCGGCAUGCUCAGAGGUGGCUGGCCCGCCGGAGGCGGCGCAGAGUCGGCGCCGCUGCCGCAGGCGCCCCCAUUCCACGGCCACCUGUCCGCGCCCUGGCCGCCGGCGCUGGACGCGUGCGGGGCGCAGGGCUGCCCCGCGCCCGCCUGGCGCGCGGCCGAGGCGGAGUCGGAGGCUCUCAGGACCGCCGUGCGCCCCGAGAGCAGGGCCGACGAGCAGGAGGAGAGGCGCAGCCGCGAGCUGGAGUCCCUGGUCGUCGAGACGAGGGGCGGCGCUCCAGCGUCGAGGGGCGGCCGCGGCCGCGAGCAGUGGGACGGGCCGGAGUCGCCACAGGCGCUGAUCGCGGAGCUGCGCAGGAGAGAGCAGGACAGCAAGGUUCGCAUCUCCGAGCUCGAGGGUACGCUCAGCCAGGUGGCGGUCCUCCAGAAGCAGGCCAUGGCCGAGCGCUUGCAGAAGGAGCAGGAAUAUCUCAGAGAGAUAUCGAGGCUGGAGCACAAGGUGGCGGAGGCACAGUCGCCCGGGAGCGCCGUGGCGGAGGCCCAGGCCAGGGCCGCGGAGGUGGGGCGCAGGGAGCAGGAGCAUCUCCAGCAAAUCCGCAAGCUCACGGAGAAGGUGGAGGAGCUGGAGAGGGCCCCGGCCAUAGUGCAGACUCUGUUGGUGGAGGUCGCCAAGAAGGACCACGAGCGGCUGUCGGAGAUCGGCACCCUGAAGGACGCGCUGCACAGAGCCCGCAACCACGUGGAGGUCUGCUCGUCCGCGUCGUCGCCCGCCACGGCCUCCUUGCAGUCGCUGCUCUCCGGGGCGGGGAGGGUCGCCGAGCUCGAGGCCGAGGUGGCCAGCCUCAGGCGCGAGCUCUCGGCGUCGGCCGCCGUGGAGGGGGAGCUGGAGCAGCUGAAGGGCCAGCUGAAGGCCACCGCUUUCGGGCGGCGAGAGCUGCGACAACGACGCUGA